ACGACCCUCUCCGCAAAGGCAGAGACCUCCAGACGUCCGCGCCGGGAGAGGACGCGAGGCGCAGGAAAGUAAUAAGAGAGGCUGCAUCCAGCUCCAAAAGUGGGAGGGGGAAGGAAACGGAAAGCGGCGGGAGGGGGUGAGAGAAAUCCUGGAAAGCGGAAAAGUGCAUCCACACGCACACUCCUUCCUGCUGCUCAAGACAAUAUAUUCGGAACAAAAGGGAAGGUUUACCUGUAAUCAAAUUUUUAACAAAGGGGAAAUCCCGGAGGGGGCCUAAAGCUGGACUUAAACUUAAGAACUUUGACGAGGAGCAGGCCGGGAAUCAGCGGCGGAAAGGUUGCCUUUGGGCGAGUUCUUCAGCCGAGGCCUCCGGAAGAAAAGCAACGCUACAGAGCAAAGCGGCGCUGCCGCGGCCUGAACUAGGCGAGAGGAGAGAAGGGAAAGAGAACGGACGCCUCGGCUUCCCCUCUUGUCCGCGCCGUCGAUCCAGAAUUUGGCCCCCCCGAGCUCACAUUUUUGCUGCGGAAAGUCAAAUCCCCCAAGUACGGAAGAAGGAACGAGUUUUUCCAAUGAAGAACUGAAGCCCCUUCGAACCUGAGCAGGCCAACAACCGGGCGCAGCUCCGAUGUAAAGGAAGCGCCAAACUUUUGCGCCGGUGGCGGCGACAGCGCGGGUUCCGACGGUCUCCCGUCCUCCCUCUCGUCCUCCUCGGCGGUGGCAGCGACCGGGCGAAGCGGGCUUGGCUUCUGCCCGCGCGCACGGAGACGGCGGCUGCGGCGUUGGAUCCGUCAACGUACUGCGAGAGCCCGGUGUACAGCCCGGACGUUUGCCCCAACAUGAUCGCCGCGCAAGCCAAGCUCGUCUACCAACUGAAUAAAUACUACACGGAGCGGUGCCAGGCCCGCAAGGCGGCCAUCGCCAAAACCAUCCGCGAAGUGUGCAAGGUCGUUUCCGACGUGCUGAAAGAGGUGGAAGUGCAGGAGCCGCGGUUCAUCAGCUCGCUGAGCGAGAUCGACGCGCGCUACGAGGGCCUGGAGGUCAUCUCGCCCACCGAGUUCGAGGUGGUGCUCUACCUCAACCAGAUGGGCGUCUUCAAUUUCGUGGACGACGGCUCGCUGCCGGGCUGCGCCGUCCUCAAACUGAGCGACGGCCGCAAGCGCAGCAUGUCGCUGUGGGUGGAGUUCAUCACCGCCUCGGGCUACCUGUCGGCGCGCAAGAUCCGCUCGCGCUUCCAGACGCUGGUGGCGCAGGCCGUGGACAAGUGCAGCUACCGCGACGUGGUCAAGAUGAUCGCCGACACCAGCGAGGUCAAGCUCCGCAUCCGCGAGCGCUACGUGGUGCAGAUCACGCCCGCCUUCAAGUGCACCGGCAUCUGGCCGCGCAGCGCUGCCCAGUGGCCGCUGCCCCACAUCCCCUGGCCGGGACCCAACCGCGUGGCCGAGGUCAAGGCCGAGGGCUUCAACCUGCUCUCCAAGGAAUGCUACUCGCUGACCGGCAAGCAGAGCUCGGCCGAGAGCGACGCCUGGGUGCUGCAGUUCGGCGAGGCCGAGAACCGCCUGCUGCUGGGCGGCUGCCGCAACAAGUGCCUCUCGGUGCUCAAGACGCUGCGCGACCGGCACCUCGAGCUGCCCGGCCAGCCGCUCAACAACUACCACAUGAAGACGCUGCUGCUCUACGAGUGCGAGAAGCACCCGCGGGAGACCGACUGGGACGAGGCCUGCCUGGGCGACCGCCUGAACGGCAUCCUCCUGCAGCUCAUCUCCUGCCUGCAGUGCCGCCGCUGCCCGCACUACUUCCUGCCCAACCUCGACCUCUUUCAGGGCAAGCCCCACUCGGCCCUGGAGAGCGCCGCCAAGCAGACCUGGCGCCUGGCCCGGGAGAUCCUCACCAACCCCAAGAGCCUGGACAAGCUAUAGGGCGCCCGGGGCUCCUUUGCAAACUCUGGAAGGGGGACGGGCCCCAAGACUGAAGGCGCGGCGGCGGCGCUGCUCCUCCGCUCCCCUUUUCCUAAAAUGUCCUUAAAAAGACAAGACUCUCCCGGCAGUGAAAGGACUUGGCGGCAGCCGAGCGAAACCCGAGGUACAUUUCUUCCCCUCCCCGCCCUGACUCUUCCGUGUGUGUGUGUGUGUGAGCCCCCCGCCUUCUCUCCGUCGCUCUUUUCUCUUGUCCGUUUGCCUGAAUGUUGUCACCAAGUGAAAAACAACGCUAUUUAACUAGAUGUACGAUUUUCUUUCUUUAAAAAAAGUGAGGAAAGAAAACAAAAUAAAUUAAAAGACGAAAAAAAAAAAUCAGAAUCCCCAAAAAGAAAGAGAAAAAAAAAGAAAAGAAAAAGUCACCGCUAUAAAAGUUUACUGGUGCUAAAUGUAUAUUCCAGUGCCAAUGACAGACUAUAUGCACUUCUUUUCCUUCCCACCAUUUGCUUAAAUUUGAACUUGUUGAAAACAGUUAAGAAACCUCAUAAAAAAAAUAAAAAAAAUCGAAUUUAACUUUC